GUCCCAUAACACCCAGAACACCUAUAGCACCCACAGCACCUACAGAAGCUACAGCACCCACAGCACCCACAGCACCUAUAGCAGCUAUAGCACCCAGAGCACCUACAGCACCUAUAGCACCUCCCACGGCACCCACAGAACCGAUAGCACCCACAGCAACCAUAGCACCCACACACCCACAGCAUCUAUCGCACCUAUAG